GCCUUGACGACUAGUACCAGGCCAGCCUGGCGCUAAGGUCUUCUUCCGCCGCCAUCCUCCGUCUUGACCCGAAGGGCAGCAGCAACCCGCACGAAAACAUGAGUUUUACAGUCGAAGAAAGGGGAAACCCGAACUCCUUGAGCUUCCGCUUGUUCUUCAAAAACGAUAAAGGAAAGUACAUCUCACCAUUCCAUGAUAUACCAGUAUAUGCUGAUGAGAGUCAGAACAUCUUCCACAUGGUUGUCGAGGUACCAAGAUGGACGAACGCAAAGAUGGAAAUUGCUACAAAGGACUUCUUGAAUCCAUUAAAGCAAGAUGUGAAAAAGGGGAAGUUGCGCUAUGUUGCUAAUGUUUUCCCACAUAAAGGCUAUAUUUGGAAUUAUGGAGCAAUUCCUCAGACAUGGGAAGAUCCAGCGCACAAAGAUGGAGACACCAGUUGCUGUGGCGACAACGAUCCCAUCGACGUUUGUGAAAUUGGCAGCAAGGUGUGCUCCCGUGGGGAUGUGAUCAGAGUGAAGGUGCUGGGUAUCCUGGCCAUGAUUGACGAGGGUGAAACUGACUGGAAAGUGAUUGCAGUCAACGUCGAGGACCCUGAAGCCAAUGACUUGAACAACAUUAGUGACGUCCAGCGCCUAAGACCUGGUUACCUGGAGGCAACAGUCGACUGGUUCAGGAGAUACAAAGUGCCUGAUGGGAAACCAGAAAAUUGCUUUGCUUUCAACGAGGAGUUCAAAGACAAGGACUUUGCCAUUGAAGUAAUCAAGAGCACUCACAACUUCUGGAAAGCACUCAUUUGCCAGCAGACUAAAGCUGGAGAACUCAACUGCAAGAACACGUGUGUCUCAGCUGGUGACAGCCCGUACUGCUGCUCAGCAGAUGAGGCCAAAGAUGCUGUUGGUCAAACUUGUCCUUGUGGAAAAGAAGAGCCCAUCCCUUCAUCAGUUGAUAAAUGGUUCUACUACGAGAGGAAGUAAUCCAGGAACUGUAUGAGUUUGGAGAAGAAAACUCAUAUGUGACAGAAAUACUUGAAGAAAAACUUUUAUUAGGAACCAGUAGGAUGGUUGGGGGUGGUUGGGUUAGGGUCAUCUGUCGUUUUAUAGACGGGUAAGGUAGUCGGUAAAUCCUGUAGAGGAGUUCAAGUGUAUUCAAGUCACGACCAACGUGUAUUUUACGCUUA